ACCCUUGUCGGUGAUUGGUGGGGGCGUUUUGGCGCGGCAACCCAUAGCCAAUCAGGGAAUUGUUUUUUUAUCACGUCGAUGCAAAGAUAGCCAGCUAGCGGAUAAUACAAACACAAACUAUUUUUAAGAGCUAAAGUGGUUGGUAAUGACUUUAAUGCACGGCUAGUUUCGCUUGCCUGGAAAAAAGACAAAUAUUCCCGAUUUAUUUGGUGAAUAGGUGGUGCAGUCGACAGAGCUAGGACUCCAGAACACGGUAACGCAAGCUAACAGAGUUAGCCUCCGAUUGCUAAUCUUUAGCAUUUCGCGAGGCCUUGGACAAUACGAGAACUGCUUCCUGUUUGAGGUUUAUCUAUGUUGUAUUGCGACCCAAUAAUACAAUUCAGAACGGAUAGUAAAUUAGCUGGGAGGUUUAAUCGAUUGCACGUACUUAUAUUGUUCAGAGCUGCUGGGCUACCUAGCCCGUUAGCUCUUUUGUGGCUAGCAUGAGUGAAUUGUCGGACUGCAAACAGUCCGCUGAGUCUGGCUCGAGGAAACGAAGUUCAUCACCCGACCAGGAUGAAAGCGAAAAGGUCCCCCAAAAGUUUACCAAAGUGACUCAGCCAAACGAAAAUGCAACUGAUUCAGAAACUUGCAACAAUUUCGAAUCUGAUAAUAAAGAAGCAGCUAAGGAAGAGCUAAAAGAUGAUGGUGAACAAGCUGCUGCUUUGCAGACAAAUCGGGGCUCAGAGCACACGGGGGAUGAGGGCUCGCAGCCUGUCAACAGCUCCAGUGCUGAAAAUCAAGAAACCAACGCUGCAGUUAAAAACCAGUCCUCAGAAGUUUCUACUGAUUUAAAAGAAGAAUUGGAAAAAACGACAGAGAAACAUAAACCAAACCCUGUGGAUCAAUCUGACUCAGCAGCCAUAGCAGCUGCUGAAGCUCUUGCCAGCCUCACAGGGAGAGACGGAGAAGACACUCAAGAGACUCCAUGCUCAUCUGAAAAGGCAAAACAGGGAAAACACGGGAGCAAAUUCAAACAAGCCCAUCAGUCAAAAUCAGGCCUGAAGACACAGGCGGCUGCAGCAGACAGUUCCACAUCUGUACGAGGCGCUGACAAGAAAGAUGCAGCUGACGCUCCUGAGGCGGAUGAAGGUGAGGAAUCCGUUUCUGGAUCUUCUUCCACACCAAGCUCGUCUUUCCCAUCUGAGAAUGAAGACAAUGAAGACGGCGAGUGUGCCAUUGUGUCAGUAAAAAUGGCCCCCGAGAUCAGACAGUCAGUAGCUCUGCUUGCACAAGUACAGAUGAGGCUGGAUGGUCUUGAGAAGAAAAGCGCUCGUCUUCACCAGAAGCUUGAGCAGAAGAUAAGCCGCCUGAGGCGCCCACAGCUGGAUCAGAGGAGCUCCAUCACCAAGUCGAUUCCAGGCUUCUGGGUGACGGCUCUGCUGAACCAUCCACAUCUUUCAGCCCACAUCGAUGAGACUGAUGAGGAUGCACUCAGUUACAUGACAGAUCUUGAGAUUGAAUCAUUUAAGAAUAACAAAAUGGGUUACAGGAUUCGAUUUCACUUCAGACGAAACCCUUAUUUUCAGAACAACAUAAUCAUGAAGGAGGUGCAUCUCGGAAUGGGAGGACCCCCCGUGUCUUUCUCCAAUCCCAUUUUGUGGCAUCGUGGACAUAAUUUGACCGCUCACAGUAAUCCCAGGAAGUCAUCUCGAGGAGUUUACGAGACCUUUUUCAGCUGGUUCAGCGACCACAGUAACCCAGGAGUAGAUGAUGUCGCACAGAUCCUCAAGGACGACCUCUACAGAGACCCGCUGAGAUACUACCUCACUCCUCUCUGGGAGCCCAGAGAAAACGGCAGCGGCGGCGCUCAGGCCAGAGCAGCCGGCAACGGCAACGGAGACGACUGCGUGGUGAUCUCUGACUCGGACGACGAGCCCGCCGACGAGGCUGAAGGAAGCAAACGCCAACGCAGGGAAGAGGAGGAGGAAGAGGAAGGUGAAGAAGAAGAUGAGGAAGAAGAGGAGGGGGAAGAGGAGGAAGAUGGUGACAGGGGACAGAGUGCAAAUGAAAGUCCAGAAGAGGAAGAGGAUGGUGGGGAAGAAAUCGUGAUCGAUGGCUCUGAUGACAGUGACCCCGAAGAAGAGGAGGAGGAGGAGGAGGAAGAAGCCUAAAGACUAAAUCAUUACCAGUUGCACAGGAAUUGGCUGCAGCCCACCCCCCCACACAUCCAAAACAGCCCCCCGCCCCCCUCACCGGGGCAUGAGUGGAUUCAGCUCCUCGAUUUAAAUUCAAAUCUUGGGACGUUGGAGGCUGCUUGUAAAAACAUGUAUUUUAUUCCACCACAACUUUGUCCUGAAACACCCCCCCCUUCAGUCUUCAGUGGUUUUAGCAUUAUGGGGGCCACCAUAGGGACCAGAGACUUCCUGAUGUUUGUAAUUCUUAUGCACAAAAACAUUUUUUUUUUCUUACCGAAGACGCUUUUUCAAAUCAGGGUCAACUGUAACGAUGAAGCCAAGGCGGUGUAAUCCGGACUGUCAGUUCUCUCUAUUCUGCUGCACCCUCGUUCACACGAUGCAGGACUCCACAUUUCAAAUCCAAGUAAAUCGACAGUCAAAAGUGACACUUUUGCACCGUGUUAAAUACUUUGAAUUUGUUUCAGUACACUUCAGAAAACAGACUUCUGAGCCAAAACGUGUUCUCAGGGAUGAUCAUGGUGGUAGUUGUGUUACUUAUCUUCACACACUUGCGCCCUCCUUGUAGUCGGUUGUGUCAAUAAGUGUGUAAUCUACUGUAGUAAAUAACUAUAUGUUUAUUUCAACGGAACACCCUGUUUUUCUUCCUGUUGAUCAGAUUUUCAUCCCUUCACUCCCAGCCUACACUCUGUAAACCAUUAACAUGUAGUUUAAAAUCACUACCAGAGACUCCUACAUUCAUGGAACCUGCUCUUAUAGCUGUUUCUAAAAUGUAUCCUCUUUGGAUUUUUAACUUUAUUUGUAUAUUUGAACCCAUGCUACAUGUUUUGGGCUUUUUUUCUUUCUAAAAACUGGUAUUUAUUAGUUUUUUCUACACAUUGCGGCAUGCCUGUUAGCACAAAAUGAAAGCAGCGUAAGAACAGAUAGUUGUGUAGAGGGAGUGUGCAGUUCAGUCACAGCGACAUCACAGAAGACCCUGUAAUAAGAUUAGCGUUUGGAUUUGCGUACUUUUCCUAUGGAGCUGUUUAUCUGUAAAAUAAUUAUGAAUUGAUGUUUGCAAAAGCGAUCUGGAGUUUUUUCACUGACUUGAUCAGAAAAAUUAUUUUUUGUGUGAUGUGUUUUCUAGAAUGCCGUAGUUAAAUGAUCUCUACAUGUUUAUUAUUUCCAUUUAUUUUUGUUUGUCGGAAAUUGACUCCUAUCUAAUAAAACAAAAACAGUUGUUUGA